AUGAGAGAACGGAAAACGGUUCAAGAGCCUUCACCGAGCGGCCCCCUCGGCCGGGCGUUGAAGCAGCCUCUCGCCAGCCCCCCCGCCGGGGACCACAACUACAGCCUCAAGGGACAGCGGACGGCGGGCGGGGAGGCGCGGCCGGUGCCGGAAGCCUCGCAGCAGCAGCAGGUCCCUGCUGCCGGGCCAUGCUCCUCCGCCGCCCGCCGGCCCGGAACGGUGACGACCUUCCUCCGGGAGCUGGCGGACAAGCAUCAGCUUUCUGAGGAAACCGUGAGUUUGCUGCAGGCCCAGUUUUCAGAUUUGCCUUGCGAGUUGCACAGGUGGAGGCAGAUGACAGAAUAUUCACCAGAAAUGAAGCAAUUUGCUUGUUUUCUACACCUCUACCAUGUUAAGGCCUAUGAUUAUCUACAGAAGAUUUUUCCCCUCCCUCAUCCUUACAGCCUGACAAAUUGGCUCUCUAGAGAUGAGGCUGCUGCAGGCUUCAGCAAUGACAUUUUUCUCCGCCUUCAGGAAAAGGUGGAGAGAGGGGAACAGGCCUACCGCGACUGUGCCCUGAUGGUACAAGACAUGUCCCUGCAGAAGCAGCAGGAGUGGGACCCUCACACCCAGCGCCCAACAGGCUUUAUUGACCUGGGAGCAGGUGCACUCGAUGCUGAUGAAACUCCACUGGCCUUGGAAGCCAUAAUCCUCAUGGCAGUUGGCAUUUCGAGUCCCUGGACAGCUCCACUUGGCUACUUCUUUGUGAACAGCACAACUGGCCACUUCCUUGCUCAGCUGCUUCGUCACACCAUUAAUAAGCUGAACAACAUAGGCAUUGUGGUGCUGGCUGUGACGUCAGGUGCCACCGGUCGCGGUGCUGAGACUGCCAGAGCUCUGGGGAUCAGGAUAGAUCCUGAAAGGAUUCAGUGCACAUUCCAGCAUCCGCCUGGCUCUGCUCACAGCAUUACAUACUUCUUUGACAUCUGCCACACACUACAGCUGAUACGGAAUGCUCUGCAGUGCUUCCAGAAGAUAGAGUGGAUCAGCGACACCGCGCAGUGGCAGCACAUGGUGGAGCUGGCGGCUUUGCAGGAGCAGAGGGUGUUAGAGCCACGCAGUCCCGAGUUGGGCGAACCUGGGAAUAAGGAGAGUUACCACCUGAAGAUUAACCUUGCUACCCUGUUGUUCAGCGAGGGUGCUGCUGACGCACUGGAACACCUCCAGAAGCUGGGCCUGGCCUCGUUCCAGAACUGCAGUGGUACCAUCAAGUUUGUGCGCUUGAUAAGUCAGCUGUGUGAUGUAUUUCAUAGCAGAGGUCCCUGGAGUAGGGGACUGAAGGGGCCUUUGCUAGCUGGAAAUUACACCAAAAUAGACCACCUCUUUAAUGAGGCCAAGAGCUUCUUUACCACCUUAACAGACUCCAUGGGGAGAUACAUUAUUAAGAGCAAACGCAAACUAGGAUUUUUGAGUUUCUUGCUCAACGCUGAAAGCCUCAAGUGGCUUUACACCAACUAUAUGUGUCCAGAAGAUGCUCCUUCCCGCCACCUCCUGACCUAUGCUCUCAGCCUUGACCCACUGGAGCUGUUUCUCAGGGCCAUCCAGCAAGCCUGCAACAGCAGCGGGAGCCCCACCUGCACCAUGUUCCAGGCUGCAUAUCACAAACUGCUGGCCAGCUGCAGCCUGGCACCAGUCUCACCCCACAGCUGUGGCUCAGGCAGCACAAGCUCCUGGGACGUAGCUCUGGUUCGUAGGAAAGAUUUGAGCCUUGGCAGCGUGCGUGCUCAGUAUAACCCAGCUGGCAGGAAGACCCCGUCCCAGUACCCCUGUUGUACUGGCCUGCUCUUGCGUGGCUCUAUGCUGAGUAAUGCGCUGACAGACCUCUCGCUGCAUGCGCGGAGCGUCGCCUGUGCUGCGGGCUUCAUUGCUGAGCAAUUAGCCUCUGACUUGCAAUGUGAGGCUUGUCUUGCUUCCCUUUUUGAGUUAGAUGAGAGCAGGCUAAGGUGCAGGUCUGUUCUCUACGUAAAAAAGUUUGGUGGAGUGACUCUGCCCUCGGCAAGUGUGCACCACAUCACAAGCAUUUCAGAACAAGUCCUAAACCAGUGUGACAAAGUAGGAGAUAUCCACAAAGACACUAAGUUGUGGCAUUUGUCUCUAGAACAGAAAGUCUUCCAGGAGCUUCUGGGAGAAAGUCUCCUCUUCCCCACCCUCACAGACCAUUUGUUUGAUGGGGAGUUGUGCAUCAACAACCACUACACGAUCUUGGUAAAGAAAAUAACGCAAUGUUACUUAAACAUCAGAACAAACCAUGCCAAACACCUGAACUUGACCAACCACUGUAGAAAGCACAGAUUGAAGAGACUGAAGGGAAAACAUGGGUUUCCAUCACUGCUGGGUAGCUGUCAGUCAAGCCAAACCCACGUGGGAUCAUGAGUCCUCAUUGCUCUUCUAAGGAUGUUGGCCCCUGCUGAGAUUCAGUGAUGGCCAGAUUAGGCAACACACACAAGGAAAUGAUGUGUUUUCCCAUGAUUUGGCCAGCAAAACUAGUGUUGGUAUGCAGCAAUAUGUUGGGCUGCUGCAAACAUUCCUAUCAGAGCUUCACUGCGCAAAGCAAGGGAGUUCAUCUGAUCCUGUGUUACAUCCUGCAAAGCAGGCACGUAUUUCAUGAGACACGUGGCAGUCAGGAUGAGCAACAGUUGCUCAGGAUGUCUGGGGAAGGGUUAGGGGACACUCUACAAUGUCCCCUGGAGAUGGUGGGUGGCUUAGUGCUGCAAGUGCCCUUGCCAGAAGAAAAUUAAUGCGUCUUCCACGUGGUUGGGGGGCAUGCAUGUGUACUGGCACUUUGUUGUCACCAAAGCAGAUACGCUUUCAAAAAGCUGGAGGUAAGAAAGUUUACAGAACUUUUACUU